GAGGUGGGGAUCACCGAUAUAUAAACCCGGGCACAUUCUGCCACAAGCAUCACACAUCCAGUCGAUCCCAGUCAAUCUCAACAAUGGCAUUCAAGUUCUUCGCUUUCGCCGCCCUCGUGGCCGCCGCCAACGCCGGAGUCCUCGCCCCCGCCCCCCUGGCCUACCACGCGGCCCCCGCCUACGGCUACGCCGCCCCGAUCGCCAAGGCCGUCGUCACCAAGACCGUCGACGCCGAGUACGACCCCAACCCCCAGUACAGCUACUCCUACGACGUCCACGACUCGAUCACCGGAGACGCCAAGAGCCAGACCGAGACCAGGAACGGAGACGUCGUCCAGGGCAGCUACUCCCUCAUCGAGGCUGACGGCACCCGCCGCGUCGUCGACUACACCGCCGACCCCCACAACGGAUUCAACGCCGUCGUCCGCAAGGAACCCGCAGCCGUCGCCGUCAAGGCCGUCGCCGCCCCCGUCGUCGCCAAAUACGCCGCCGCCCCCGUCGUUGCCAAGUACGCUGCCCCCCUCACCUACGCCACCGCCCCCGUCGUAGCCAAGUACGCCGCCCCCGUGCACUACGCCGCCGCCCCCGUGCACUACGCCGCUGCCCCCGUCGUCCACAAGUACGCUGCACCCGCUGCCUACGCCGCCCCCGCCUACGGCUACUACCACUAAGCCCUUCACCAUUCGACGAACUAUUUAUUUCCAAUAAACUGACUAUUUGAAGAAGCUUA